AUGGAGCUUCUGAAGAACCUCCCCUGGCGUCGUGCUGUGCUGGCUGUGGUCCUGAACCUGCUGGCCUUGAGCCUUUCCACCACAGCUCUACUGGGCAGCUACUGGUGUGUUGGGACUCAGAAAGUUCCCAAGCCACUAUGUGGCAAGACAAAGAGUACCAAGUGCAUCGGUGUCCCCUUGCCUCCUGAUGGAGGAGCUGGCAAUUCCUCUUCACCUUCCCAGGAUGUAGUGCACUACAGCUGGGAGACUGGAGAUGAUCGUUUUGCUUUCCGGUACUUCCACACAGGCAUGUGGCUUUCCUGCGAGGAGAACAUAGAAGGCUCAGAUGAGAAAUGUCGCAGUUUCAUUGAACUUUCACCUCCAGCAGAAAGAGGCAUCCUCUGGUUGUCGCUUGGAUCAGAGAUGGUGUACAUCAGCUUACUGCUCAUCAGCUUCAUUCUCCUGCUAGUGGAGAUGUUGUACACAGGAAACCCAGUCUGUGGGCUGAAGCUCAAUGCCUUCGCUGCUGUCUCUUCGGUAUUGUCAGGCCUACUUGGCAUGGUGGCUCACAUGAUGUACAGUCAAGUUUUCCAGGCAACAGUUAACCUGGGACCCGAGGACUGGAGACCACACUCGUGGGACUAUGGUUGGGCCUUCUACAUGGCCUGGGCCUCCUUUACCUGUUGCAUGGCUUCUGCAGUCACAACCCUGAACACAUACACCAAGACUGUCCUGGAGUUCAAGCGCAACCACGAGAAAGGCUGUGAUGGGAGCUUCAUCACUGAUCAGUCACAGCAUCACCAGUGCUUCAUGCCACCACAGUACUACCACAGAGAGCAUCUGAGUGGCUUCUACCAGCACCGAGAAAAACCUCCCCACUCUGUCUCUGAGGGGGUCGACUUCUACUCUGAGCUGCAGCAGAAGGUGCUACAGAGGGAGCCUGACCUAGAGCUGAGUGAAGGCCUGGGAAAGCCCAUUGCAGAAGACCCCUGUUAG